UACCGGAGGACAUAACAAAUCGACGGACAAGGGUUGCCCGAAAGUAAAUACCGGCUUACAGUCUGUUAAAAUUAUAAAACAUGGAUGAAGAACCAGAGAGAGCAAAACGCUGGGAAGGAGGAUACGAACGAACAUGGGAGGUGCUGAAGGAGGAUGAAUCUGGAUCUCUCAAAGCUACUGUGGAGGACAUUCUUUUCCAGGCAAAGAGGAAAAGAGUGUUUGAGAGUCAUGGACAAGUUCGGCUUGGGAUGAUGCGGCACCUCUUUGUGAUCAUUGACUCAUCUAGAUCAAUGGAAGAUCAUGACCUAAAGCCCAACAGGCUCACCUCAACCUUGAAGCUGAUGGAGUAUUUUGUAGAGGAAUACUUUGACCAGAAUCCAAUCAGUCAGAUAGGGAUCAUUACCACCAAGAACAAGAGGGCGGAGAAGCUCACUGAUCUUGCAGGGAACCCUAAGAAGCAUACAGCAGCUCUGAAGAAAGCCGUGGACUCCACAUGUGUUGGCGAACCGUCUCUCUACAACUCUCUGAACUUGGCUAUGCAGACACUGAAACACAUGCCUGCUCAUACAAGCAAAGAGAUCCUGGUGGUUUUCAGCAGUCUUACCACCUGUGACCCAGCCAACAUCUAUGAGCUUAUCAAAGCUCUGAAUGGUUUGAAGAUCAGAGUGUCUGUGAUCGGCCUGUCAGCAGAGGUUCGGGUGUGCACUAUUCUCACAAGAGAAACCGGAGGAUCCUACAAUGUGAUUCUGGAUGAGAGUCAUUUUAAAGAGCUGCUGAUGCUGCAUGUGAAGCCGCCUCCAGCCAGCUCCUCCUCAGAGUGCUCCCUCAUUCGCAUGGGUUUCCCCCAGCAUGUCAUAGCCUCCAUGUCUGAUCAGGAUGCCAAACCCUCGUUCAGCAUGUCGCACCUGGACAGCGCUGGUGAACCAGAACUCACUCUUGGCGGCUACUACUGCCCACAGUGCAGAGCCAAAUACACUGAGCUGCCAGUGGAGUGUAAAGUGUGUGGUCUGACUUUAGUUUCCGCUCCUCACUUGGCCCGUUCCUUCCAUCACCUCUUCCCCCUUGAGGCCUUCCAGGAGACCCCACUGGAGUCGUAUGAGGGCGAGAGGUUCUGUGAAGCUUGCCAAGGAGAGUUGAAAGACAAAAGUGUGUUUACUUGUCUAGCAUGUAAAAAAGUGUUCUGCGUGGAGUGUGAUCUCUUCAUACAUGACACACUGCACUGCUGUCCUAGCUGCAUGCAGACUGACAGGACGUCCUGAUGUAAGACGGCCUGACUACGAGACAUCUGUGAACUUCAGUACAAGUAGAAACUGAGAGAUGCAGAAGAAAAAGAGGAAGUCAUCAGCCACUGAUUAUUGAGAGCUAAUGUAAUGAAAGCCGAUGCUUGUCAGAUCUUUGGCAUCUUUCUGUUUACUUGCAUCGUAGUUGUGCUCAAGCUGUAACUCUAUGAAAAGGGCGCCCCCAAUGGGGAAAAGUGUCUCACUGGACCAAAUGAAACCAGCAACAGAG